AUGUCGAAGAGCGGAUGUCAUGUGGCGACGAAGGGAAGACUCUGCGACUGCGCUCACAAGGCCCUUGGACUGUCUCAGGCACAAAGGAGAAGAAGAUCAAAGAGGACACUGGGUGGUGGUGGUGGUGGUGGUGGUGGUGAUAGAGAAGGGAGGACUUGCCCUCCUGCUUCACCAGCAUCAUUAUAUGAUAAUAUUUGGAAGGAGGAAUCAGAAACUCUUUUGUCAUCAAAAAGCUUCUCUUCUGACUCUUCUGAGUUCUAUCAGCGUUCGUCUUCCAUUGCAAAUAAGAAGAAAAAUAUUUAUAAGCACAAGAUCUCAUCUUCGUUUUAUCGUCAGAAAGUGAGGAAAGAGAGACUUGAAGAGAAUGGUUUUGCUGUAGUUAAGAGAUCAGAGGAUCCUUAUGGGGAUUUCAAGAGCUCAAUGGUGGAGAUGAUUGUUGAGAAACAAAUCAUGUUCUCUGAAAAAGAGCUUGAGAAGCUCUUAAAGUCUUAUCUUUCAUUGAACUCUUAUCAUCACCACCCUGUCAUUCUCCGGGCAUUCUCUGAUAUAUGGGAAGCUUUGUUUGUUAAUUGAAUCAAUCUUGAGUUGCUUCCUUAAUGAUCUCUUGUUUGUAAUUUGCAUUAAGUUUUAAUCAUUAAUGGAUGCAUCAUAUGCAUGCUUUUCUCA